UUGUGCGUCAACCUCGGCAGCCUCGUGAUAACCUUAUUAAUAAAAACAUUCAUCUUAAAGAAAACAAAAGAAUUAUUUCUAUAACUUCAAAUAGAAUGGAACAAGCUAUUCAAGUUUAUAUAAGAGUUCGUCCUCUGAUUCCUCGCGAAAUAAACGAAGGUUUGAAACCAAUGUGGAUUGUUAGAGGGAAAAUGAUUAAAUUUAAAAAUGACCAAUUUAAAAAGCAUUUCGAUCAUAUUUACGAUGAAACUAGAAGUACGCAAGAACUUUUUGAUGAUGUUGCAAAACCUAUUGUAUCAUCUUCUCUCAGCGGUAUUAAUGGGACAGUUUUUGCUUUUGGUUCAGCAUCCAGUGGAAAAACACACACAAUGAUGGGAAGUAAGAGUAGUCCUGGAAUCAUUCCACUUACCGUUCAAGAAAUCUUCAAGCAAAUUAAAAAUAUUGAAGACCGUAAAUUUCUUAUUCGAUUUGGUUACAUUGAAAUUUACGACGAAAAGAUUUACGAUUUGCUGAUGGAUGAACAGCCUGAAAUAACAGAGAUGCAAGAGUCAAGUGAAGGUGAACUUCAAGUGAAACAAAAAGAGAUUAUUGCAGUAAGCGUAAAACAAAUUCUUCAGAUGUACGAAGCAGGAAAUCAGGCAAGACGAACUCGAGAGACAAGUAUGAAUGAGCGGUCAAGUCGGUCACAUACUAUCUUUCGAAUUGUUAUUGAAUCCAAAGAAACUGGUAAAACCAGUGAAGAGUGUGCAAUUCAAGUUUCAAGUUUGAAUCUCGUUGAUCUUGCUGAUUCUGUCCUUUCUGAAGGUGAAAGUGGCUACUUCAACAAAAGUGUUUCAGCGUUAGACAACGCCAUAAGAACACUAAUGAUUACCUCAAAUCCAGUUUACGUUAAUUAUCGUGCUACAAAACUUACAAAUCUUCUCUCAUCUAGCAUUGGAGGCAAUGCAAUUACGAGAAUCAUUUGCACAGUUGAACCGGCAGAAGUUCCGUUUACUUUUAAAACUUUAGCCUUCGCUAGGAAUGCACAAUUUGUUAAAAACCGUCCAAAGGUCAAUAAGUUUCUUACUGCACAAGCUUUUAUAAAAAAAAAGGAGCGAGAGAUUCAAGUCUUAAGAAAACAGCUUGUUGAUGAGAAGUUUCGUGUUGAUAACUGCCUUGCUCUUAAUAAUAUUCAAGAGCGCAUUAAUUGGCUCAAAUACGAAUUGCCCUAUUCACAUAACGUGACAAUUAUGAAAGCAGUAGAUGUAAAUCGUUGUCGUACUUGGUGUUCAUCAGCAACUGUCAAUGAUUGUGGAGCUUCAUCAUCAGCUGCACCUCCACUUAAUAACUUUGAUUCAAAAGUACCACCAUUUCUUCUCGACUAUUCUUUAGAUAUAGCUGAAAAUUAUGACAGCGACAGCAGUGAUGCAAAUUCUAAGUUUGCGAUUGAAAUAGAUCUUAAAUUAUCACUAACUCCUAGAGUUUACAGUGAAGAAGAUUUGUGCUAUAUUAUUUCAAAGACUGUUACAACUGAAGACCAUGAAGAUAAGAUUCGUUUCUUGAAAGAGAAGAUUGAUGAGCGGAAGUAUGACGAAUUAUGGGAAUUAAUUUUAUUAAAUAGUACUCGUGAUGACAUUGAUCCUAUACCAGAUUUUUAG